AUGCUUCUCAGCCCGGCUGAAGCCGCUCUCGAUGCAAAUGCCCUGACGAAGAAGUACUUUGGCAACGAUGCGCCUUGGUAUCUUGAUCGCAUCCCACUAUUUGAGUCAAGCGACACAACGAUAACGGACGUUUAUUACUAUCGAUGGGGGAUUUUCCGUGCUCAUCAGCGCGAUCUGGGAGCCAAUGGAUACAUCUCGACCGAAUUCCUCAACAACGUCGGAUGGCAGACACAGCCGUGGGCUUCACUAAAUGACGCAACUGGGUUUCAUCUCCUGGAAGGUCGGUGGUGUCGCGACCGACGAUUCAAGGAGGAUUACGCCAAGUUCAUUUUCAGCGAUCAGAGCAACACGCGCCAGUUCUCUGAAUCUAUGGGCGCGGCGGUAUGGCAGGGUUACUUGGUAGAUGGUGUAGCGGCGGAUGCGAUUGCGCGACUUGGGGAUAUGCAGAAGGUUUUUAAUGCUUGGGCGGACGUAUUCGAUAAAUCGAAGAACCUGUAUUGGGUUGAACCAUUGCGCGACGCCACUGAGUAUACGAUCGCAAGUAUUGACGCGACGGGCGGCAAGGACGGCUUUACGGGUGGAGAUUCUUUCAGACCCAGCAUCAACAGCUACCAAUACGCCAAUGCGAAAGCAAUCGCGCAGAUUGCAGCUCUCAAAGGGGGCAUGCAGAGUGUUGUUGACGAUUACAACGCCAGGGCUUCUUCUCUUAAAAAGAACGUGCAAGCCUCAUUGUGGAACUCUACCUUUCAGCACUUCAUCGAUCGAUUGCAAGUUAGCAACGAGUAUGUAAAGUAUUGGGAUCCCAUCCGUGGCCGCGAAUUGGUUGGUUUCGUCCCUUGGACUCACGACCUUCCUGAUGAUACGACUGCCUUCGCUCAGGCCUGGAAGCACGUUCUUAACACCAACGAGCUUGCUGGCCCUCGUGGUCUUCGAACCAAUGAGCCAAGCUACCAAUAUUACAUGAAACAGUACAGAUACGAAGGCACUGAACCCGAGUGUCAAUGGAAUGGGCCGGUAUGGCCGUUCCAAGAAACCCAAGUCCUUGCUGGCCUCGCCAACUUCCUAGAUCACUACCCGACUGGUUCAUCAGCUGGAGUCAUCGGCACCAAGGACUACAUCAGACUGCUCAAGCAAUACGCACAGCUCCACUACAACCCCGAGCGAGGCGGUAUUCUGGAUUUGGAGGAGGAUUACCACCCCGACACGGGCGCUCCGAUCGUAGGCUUGAAGCGUUCACCACACUACUUCCACUCCGGUUAUAUCGACCUCAUCUUGUCAGGGCUCGUGGGCAUCCGACCUAGGGCAGAUGACACGCUCGAAGUAAACCCCCUCGUCGAUCCUGCUGCCAUCUCCUACUUCCGUGCGGAUCGUAUCCUCUAUCAUGGCCAUGACAUUGCCGUUCAGUGGGACGCGAGUGGUUCCAAAUAUGGUACUGCUGGGCUCCAAGUACAAAUCGAUGGCAAAGUAGUCGCUUCAUCACCGACACUCAAGCGUCUACAGGUUCCAAUUUCCCGAGUCAACCCUCCUGCAAUCGCUCGACCUAUCGCCAAAUCAAUCCAGCUCCAGAGCAACACGGCCUAUCCCAAAGGCAGUGUUUCGGUCGCAGGCGCAGAUGUCGCAGCAGUGCAUAGCGCCAUCGAUGGGCGUAUCUUCUUCUACCCAGAAUCUGAUGUCGCUAAUGGAUGGGAUUCGCCAGCCGGAAGUGGCGCGGAGAUCUGGUAUGAGAUCGACUUUGGUUCGCAAGUAACCGUCAACGGCGCCGAUAUAGCAUUCUUUGCGAAUAACGGGCAAGGAUUCGACGUACCAGGGAAGUAUCGUGUGCAAGCGUAUAACGGGAGCUGGAAGGAUGUUGGGAACAGUCAGUAUGGGGCUACGGUUGCGAAUGGCAUUACGGUGGCUAAGUGGACUUCAACGGACGUUACGAAGGUUAGACUGGUGUUCACACCAAAGGAUGGGAAAAAGGUACGAUUGGUAGAGCUCAAGGUUUAUUAA